UUAGUUGAACUAUAAUGACAUAUUCUCUCGGACCGCUCUAUAAACGUGUCGGCUUGUAUACGUAUAAUAUUCUAUAUUCCAUAAGACCGUAAUACCUCUGUUCGCUAUAUAUUAAUGCUCAUAAAAACUUAAUCAGAUUAUACUUGUUGAGACAUCUUCAAAUAAUAAUCAUACUUGUACAGUGUACGGUACAUAGCGAGGAAAGCGUCGAGGCGAGCAAAAUUGGGAAGCUACGUUUUUUGCGGGGAAAAAUAAUUGUCAAGAUGUUCAACUUGUACCAGCACAUGAAGGCGACGAACGAGGGGAAGGAACUGCGGGAGCCGGAGACCACGGGCCACGACCGGUUCUACCAGGAGCGGCCGAGGUCCAGUUAUAGGAAAAAGAAACGUCGAGGGUCGUGUAGAAGGGCGCAGUCAGCGGCGGAAUUGAACCCGGAGUCUGUCGCUGCGGCUAAUAAGAGGAAUGCGUUUCGUAUCCGCUCCGUGUCAUCUGAUAAAGAGGAAAGCGAAGACGAAAAUUCUGAUCGCACACCGCUUGUUGCACAGAAAAUAGAUUCUUUAGCAAAGUUAUUGUUCAAUAAGUCAAUUAUGGGUUCAGGGUCCGACAAGAACUCGCCGUCGGAGGCCUCGCCUAAGUAUCCUGAGUGUACCAUCGAGACUGGAGCGGCGAUGGCUAUAUGCUCCGAAUAUCUAUCAAAAACGCCUAGAUAUGUCCUACUUCAUCCAUUAAGCUCAAUAGGAUAUCGCUCCAACAAGCACUGGUUCGCGAUACACGACAACUCUAUAAAAACAGAAAGACUGCUUACAUUGGUGCCCCUAACAAGCAAAUGCCCAAUAGACCCCAACGAGCGGACCCAGACCCUCAUCAUGGAGCUGUUCCGAGCCCUCCACCACCCUUACAUUUACCCCGUUUUGGACCUAGAGAUGUGCAAUGGUCAUGCGUUGGCUGUUCUGCCGUUUAAUGUUAAGGGGAGCUUGAAGGAUUUGUUGUAUAAGAGUACAUGGAGCGACGAAUAUUUCAAGAAAUACACAACAGUAGGGACAGGGCUGCCAGCUUCACAGGUGGCGAGGUUUGGUCGACAAAUACUCGAAGGGUUACUCUUUCUGAAGGAUAAGGGAUUCCCACCCUUCACGCAUUUGCAUUCUGGGAACGUGAUCAUUCAAAAUGGCGUAGCACGUAUCUGCGGGCUAGAAAAUACGCUGAUAGGAGCUGCCCCCCGCCCCCCCAACUCAGUCGCUGUCUCUCAGCACGCUGAGACGCUGUCCCUGGGCCACGUGCUGUUCGAGAUGUGUGCGGCUGCUGAGACUGACUUCUCUCUGCUGCCGGACCUACAGGCUGGCUAUCCACAGGUUGUGGAAAUAAUAGAGAUGAUAUUCAGUCCGCGCACACCGAGUCUGCACGAGCUGCUGCUGUGUGAGAUGUUCCGCAAGAUCGACCUAAGGGAGAUGAAGGGCUCCUGCUUGCCGAAUUUCAGCCAACGCCUUUCCCACUCCUGUUUAUCCCUACUCAACGAAGUGUCCCGUGCUCAGCCCCGGGUACAGGACACCCGGGAGCCCCGGGACUUUGGGGCCAUGUCCCGGGACACGAGGUCGUUUGGGGACACUCCCCCGGGGACACUGUUUGACACGAGGGGAGACUACACUACGAGGGGAGACUACACAAGGGGAGACUAUACUCCUUCAAAGGAAGACUACACUCCUACAAGGGGAGACUUCACUACGAGGGGAGACUAUACUCCUACAAGGGGAGACUAUACUCCUCCCAGGAUAUUGAGGGGAGACUACACUCCUCCAAGACGUAUUGAGUCACCAGAGACACCUCCUCGAAGACGUAACCUGUUCCACCAAGACUCGACAGAAUCGUGGCCGUGGUAACUCAGCAUUAGGUUAAUAAUUGAGAAUUUCUGUAUUUGUAUUAUAAUACCUCCUAUGUAAUAUUAUAAUUAAAUAUAUUUAUUGUGAAUUAAA